AUGUCAGAAAUUUUCUCCACGGGAGAUCAAUCUUCUGGCUCAUUGGAGGACUCAAAUGACGAAGUUAGGCGUAAAAAUGAAACUGCCUUCAAGUAUUCACAACUUUUCCACACAACUCUAUGUGAGAAAUUGUAUCAAGAGUUGUGCGCUCUGGCAAUUGGAGAGUUCGACAUUCCAGAAGGUCAGAUUUCACCAGUCAUGUGGACCAGACUCCAUGAGAUCUACUCAGAAGUCGAGAUGCAAACUCGCAAGCUUCCUAAUGGUGCCAAAUAUUCUAUCGACUCUCAGAAGUAUGCCAAUGAAGCCGUCCAAAUUGCCAGUAUUCUCUCAAUCUACACAGCUUUAGCACACGAAUACGAUGAAACUUUGGAAGUUUCUCUUCUCAGUAAACUAGUGGUUGACGAUGUGGAAUUUAGGCGUUUAUAUGCACUUCUUCUAUGGAGUGAGAAAGCAAUCAGCGAGCAGCAGUAUGAGUCUGGGCUUGGAGAUAAAGUGAGAAAGAUUGAAAGCACAAAAUCGAAUCGCAUCAAUUCGAUUAUGAUUUUGAAACGCCCCACUUUUUCUGCCGGUGCUCCAAAAGACGCUUCUUUGGAUCCAGACGCCCCAGGUACAAAGGAAGAUCAAACUCUAGAGCAAAUGGCUUACACCACAUUCUUCCAACUUGUGCGUUGUGGAGAAACUACCAAAGCCGCUAAUCUAGCGAUUGAUUUGGGAAUGUCUGCAAUCGGAGCUCAACUUCAGUUGCACUCGAUGCUGCGUAAUCCUCUAGAUGUCCCAUUGAAAGUUUCUUCCCAAAACUUUGGAGAAGUGAAGAGAGCUCGUCGUGCGAAGUACUAUGAAAUGACACAAAGAUUGAUUGAAGAGUCGAACGGUAGUGAGGAUAACGCCUACUGGACAUUGGUUUCUGCUCUACGUGGCAAUAUUGCUCCAAUGCUUAAAGCAUCGAAGAAUGUUAUCGAGAAAGUAUGGGCGUACGCGAAUUCUGCUGUUCUUGCUAGACUUCUCCUCGCAGAAGGAGCUAUGGAUCAAGAGACAGUUGCCACUCUAUUUAAUGUUCCACUUACCGCAAAGUCACUUUUGGAAGAAUUGAGGACGGUAAGUUAUAUUUUUUCAAUUCUAAUUAAUUUUUCUUUAUUUAAGGAAUAUGAUGGGUCCAAAGAAGUCUACAUUCUUCUGAGAGUGAUUGAUGACAUGCUUAACGAUGAUAUUGAAGACCUAUUCAAAUUUGCAAACGAAACGGUUGGAGAAUACGUUCCAGACGACAAAAACUGCGAAGUUAAUGUUCUCGCUCUUGAUAUUUUCUUCCAUCUUGUCGCUGUCGCUUACGCCAGUGGAUUUGAAUCUAAUGACGAUGGAAACGCUGUUAUCGUGUUGGGAUUCGACGAUCUUCGUGUCCGGAGUGGCAGUACAUCACACAAACGAAUGGCUGCGUUUUACUCCAGAUUCCUACCAGAAGAUAUGAAAAUCCCAGAAAUUGUAGAGACAAUGAAAAUGGUGGAAUCUGAAAAAGAACGAGAAAUAUUCGCUGAGUCAUUGAAACAAUCGGACAUUAAUUUUGGACGAUGUGCAUGCACACUCAUCGAGCAGAUCAGGAAAGAUGACGAAGCCAAAAUUGUUUCACUUGAAGCACAGAUUGAUCACUGGAAUUGGUUGUUAGUCGGAGGGGAGGAAACCGCACUGGCUGCUCUUGAGGAAUGCAAUCGUUUGCUUCGAAAGAUCAUGUUGAAGAAACCGAUGGAUGAACCAGUUGUGCGACAAAUUAUCAGGAGAGCUAUUCAAAUGGAACUUCCGAAGACGUUGUCGCAAGCAGUUGUCAAUGGAACAACACUUCUUUCGUUGAUCAAAGACGGUACAUUGUACGAACAAGAAAAAGGAUCUCAACUAGCAAUUGACAAGGUGGAGCAUGCCGCCUACGAAUUUUAUGCUUUGUGUUCUAUUCUCGAUGUGAACAACUUCAUCAUUACAAUCGCUCUGAAACUGAAUCUCAUGGUGAAAUAUUCUCCUAUCACCGAUGACGAACUUGCUGCAAUGGGUGGAGGCAAACGGUUAGAUAACGUAAACGCUCUUGAUUGGGAAGCGUCUCUGAGAGUUCGUGCACGCGCUGAACAGACGUUCCGUGAGGAUUUAUGUAAAAAGACGGCCGCUGAUCAUAAUACCCGUCUUGGAAUGGUACAUCAGCAUUUUGAUACUGUUCUCCCAAUCUUCCGAGGACUCGUUCAAAAUAUAGGAAUUCGUCCUGAAUUCUUCCUGAGCCCCAGAACUAACUCGGAUCCAAUGCGAGAUCAUCGAAGAGAGAUCCAAAUGCUGCGCAAUCAUUUUAUCACCCAAUUCUUCCUGACAUUAGCGGAAGCAGCUGCGAAACUCAAUGAAACUACUCGCUUCCAAGAGGUUGUUACAAGUUUCAACGACGACUUUGGAAUAGAUCAGAGCUUGGUGACAACGAUAAAAGGAUAUUAUGCUAAAGUUAACAUCAAACUCGAUUAA